CUAUCAGCCUGCUUGUCUUGCCUUCGCCUGCCUGAUCCGCUGAAGCUCUAUCUGACUAUUCCACGCCUCGCCUGACACCACCGCUCCGCUCCGCUCUCUCUUGCGGAACGCCACGCAGCACGCGUCCACGUGUCAUUGACGUGGCUAACGCAGUCAGAGACAGGUCGAGCAAUGGCGGGUGGAGGCAGUGACGGCAAUGCCAGCAACAGCUGCAAUCAGGUCAAUCAGAGCCGUCCGAAGGAGGGCUACGCUGCCGGUCCGCCGUGGAUUUUCAAGGGCAGGGCGCUGUACCAGCUGAACCUGGUCAAGGCUGACGUGGCGCGGCGCGUCGUUCCGCCGGAACUCAAGCUCGUCGAAGCCUUCGGCUACACCUUGGGCGGAGUCUAUUACGCGCAAUACGACUCGAGUCCUGCUGGGAAGUUUGACGAGCUCGUCAUCAUCCCCGGCAUCGUGUGGGACCCACCCGCCUCGUGCGCCUGGGCGGCAGCAGUGAUGGUGGAUAGCGCCACGGCCAGAGACCACGGCAUCAAGGAAGUUGGGCUGCCGAGCCGCUUUGUUUCUUUCAACAAGAAGCUGGCACCCGCGUCUCAAUCCGCCUCACACACCACCCACCCGCACUCGAUCUCCUCUUCCUCUCCCUCCACCCCACCAGCAGCAGCAUCCCCAUCACCUCACUCCAGCACCUCUGCCCCCUCCUCUCUCGCCCCAGCCCCUCUCGCCGCCUCACCUCUGCAGCUACUGUCUGGGCUGCUGAACCGGAGGGGGCAGCACCAGGCACAGGGGGUGGGGUUGGGAGUAGGGAAGAGCGGGAGCAGAGAAGGGACGGUCCUGCAGGUGGCUGUGUGCAAUGGGGGGAUUGGGGGAGUGGAGGAGGGGCGAGGGGAGGGAGGAGGCAUUAGAGAUGGCGCACCCAUGUUUGAGCUCCACAUGAAGAUGCCAUCGGCCAGAGAACUCGCGUCCUUUUCUCGCCUCCCUUCCAUCAAGAUGUCGCUGCCUAGCUUCAGUGGACGCACAGAGGCGCAACCUGCUCUGCUGAAGUACUCGUGCGACCUCUCCUGCCGUGUGCGCCUCGGCCCACCAGCCACCACCCACAUCAGCCCAGCUUACGCACAGAGCUCCCUCACAAUUCCUGCGGAUUCUUCCAAGGGGAAGAUUACUGGCAUGAAAAGCCCAGACAUGGUGGUUGAGGUCCUGUCUGGCCGACCGCUCGUUGCAUUGUGUUUUGAAGGCAUGGAGAUGAGAGUGGAGGCUCCGACCAAGGUGAUGUUGCCUCCGACGACCCUUCCAAGAGAAGCCAAGACUCGGGAUGUUGUUUUUGCCAGUAAGGGCGUGCAGUUGGCUGACAAUGGCGGUGGGGGGUUACCUGUCGUGGCUUGACAUAAGACACCUUGAACAUACCAUGUUUUUUAAUGUUGAUCUAUUUUCACUAUUCAGUGUUCAUCUGUUUUGGACCACCUGAGUGUAG